UCCAAACACACUGCCAGUCUGACAUGACUCACUUGUUGGAUUAUUACCACUGACCCUUUAACACCAGCAAAGCUUUAAUUUGAACUUUAUUAAUAUUUACAUUAUCACUGUAUACUUUAAAAUUAUCUCAGAUUUGGGAUCUCGAUUAAACUUGUUUUUCCCCCAGAAGGGAGAGACGCUGUAUGCUGAACACCACUGUUGGCUUUUAAGUACCUCUCUAGGAUCAUCAGAUAAACAUGGCAGGUGCUAUAAAAGUUUUCUUCAUAUGCUGUCUACUUCAAGGUAGCCUAUGCCAAAACUGGGCUGUCUUCUUGCCUCAGAAAGUAGAGGGAUUGAGUGGAUCCUGUGUGGUGAUCCGCUGCAGAUUCAGCUUGCCCCCAGAAUGGGAAAAAUUCCUGGAUGAUUCCUGCAAAGCCAUCUGGAAGAGAGGCUGGAGCAGAACUGAGGUGUUUGAUUCCAGCCUCACCGCUGCAAGUGGAAGCUUAAACAUCCAGCAAGGAAAUCUGACUGGGAUCCUGCGUGAUAAAGACUGCACCACCAUCUUCAACAGCAUGCCAUCGAGCCAUUAUGACAACUAUUACUUCAGACUGCAGUGUGACAAUGAGCUAAAGUUUAACUUUCCUUCAAGUGUCCUCAUCACCACUCAAAUUUCACUGCCUAAACCUACAAUAACUCCAUCCAGCCUGGAGGUAGAAGAAGGGACUCCCAUUACAUUGACCUGCUCAGCUGUUGCUCCCUGUCCUGUUCUUCCUCCCCUUCUGACAUGGUUGCCCAGCAUAGGUGAUACAGAGGAGGAUGUGGAAGCUAAUCCUGCAACCUCUGUGAUGAACUUCACAGCGUCUUACCUUCACAAUGGACAAAAGGUUUCUUGUACUGCUUUCUAUAACCGACAAGUUGGGAAGAGUGACCUGUACGAAAAAAGUUUGACUCUAAGUGUUCUUUAUCCUCCAAAUAAUACAUCAGUCAGUUACUCUGGUCCUGUAAAAGAGGGCAGCUUGGUGACCAUGACUUGCAACACCAAUGCAAAUCCAGCUGUGGACACUUACACCUGGUACAAAGUGAAUGGAGAUCAGGUGGCAGUGGUGGGAUCAAAGAAGAGGUUUUCAGCCACAAUCUCAGAAGUUGACAGUCAGUUUUUUUGCGCAGUCACUAACAGAUAUGGGACACAAAACUCUUCCAUCGCUCAGAUAGACGUACAGUUUUCUCCCAGGGAAACGACAGUAAUCGUCGACCCCUCUGGUCCAAUUCUGGAAGGCAGCUCUGUUUCCCUGCUCUGUAAGAGCCGCUCGAACCCACCAGCGAGCAACUACACCUGGUACAGAGACAAUGAAGUGGAUGAAGAGCUCGGACCAAUCUUGGUUAUAGGCAGUGCCGACACCAGCCACAGUGGUGAUUACUGCUGCACAGCAAAAAAUGAUCUGGGAGAGGAAAUGUCGGAAGCAAUUCAGCUGGACAUUGAGUAUCCUCCUAAAAACACUUCGCUGUCCGUCGAUCCUUCUGGUCCCGUGCUGGACGGCAGCUCUGUGACUCUGACUUGCACGAGCAUCGCCAAUCCAGCAGCGGUGAACUUCACAUGGUUUCGGGUGGCGGGGAAAAAAAAGGAGGCGGUCGGCUUUGAGCAAGACUUCACCUUCAAUGUGACCAAACUCUCAGAAGAUCAAUAUUACUGUGAAGCUCUGAAUGUCCAUGGAGCUGAAUGCUCGUUGCCCACCAGCAUCGAUGUCACAUUUCCUCCAGAGAUCCUGUCUUCUUCACGCUGCGUCAAGAUUUUGUCCCAGAUCCGAUGUACCUGCGACACUCAGGGGAACCCGCUUCCCUCCUUGAUUUGGAAGCUGGCUGGUGAACCUGUCAGUCACUCUGCUGACAUCCCAAUCCGGGAAGUAACCCUGGACAGCACGAUCAUGAGGAGUGUCAUCACUCUGUACCACCUGGGCCAGGACAUGCCCUCUCUAGUCUGCCUCAGUAACAACUCCCUGGGCUCUGAUAAUUUGGCUUUCAAUGUGUCUUCUAGUGAAACUCAGCUAGUCCUCCAUACUGUUUCUCUGCUGAUCGGCUCUGGAGCAGGAGCGCUGGGGAUGCUGCUGGUGUGCGCACCACUGCUGAUAUCCAUUUACAGGAAGAGGAAGGGAAAUAUUUCACUUCACCAGGGGCUUGUGGACACUUCAGAUUGUUUGGCCACCAGUGAGACUAAUCCUUCAAAAGUGGAUGUGAUUCAUGUCAACAAAGCAAUUCUUGAGGAGGAAGCAGAAGAAUGCAAGGAAGACGUUAAUGUGGACUUUGCUGAACUCCAGGCCAGAUCGGAGGGUAAGCUCGGAGAGGGUGAGAUCAGAGGCCUGGCCUCCAAGACUGCCAUGAAUUCUGAGAUCCUCCGAGAUCCACCAAGCAAUGGACGAGUUGCAAAGGAAGGAGAAAUACUUGCGGAUGCUCAUUUGGGAAAAGAGAAAGGUGUUAAAGGUCUUACGGGAGGGGUUAAUGAAAAAGCGGUUGCUUAGCUUUAGAAGAAGCUCAGGAGUUUGGACGUCAUCAGUAUUUGGCUGUCAGCAGAUGAACAGGAAAACAUCUUAAAUCCUUCAGUAACGGAGGUAAGAACUGCCCUGCAGGCAACAUCUUACCCGGUAGUAAUGCCACAAGCUUGUGGUUUC